AUGUCAAUAGAUGAAUCUCGAAAUCCGAGUCAUUUGAACAAUGCGACAUCUGACAUACAAUCAUAUUUAUCAGUAUCAAUUCAACCUAAUAUUAAAUAUAGACCUAUGCCUGAUCCAUUAUCUGUCUAUGUACCAUUGGAAUCUUUAACGAAAGAAUUAAUUAAUUCUCUUGUUUCAACUAUUCAACAAUCUGGGAGAACCGAUUGGCAUAAUAGUAGACGUACUCUACUUGCUUUUCUACUCGCAAUAAAUAAUAAAGUGAAUGAAAUCGAAAAACAUAUUGAUACAAACAAUAAAAUUGAUGAAAAAAUUAUUCAACAUGCCAGAGAAGUUCGACAAUGGUUUGUAGAAAAAAAUCUGGAAUGGAAAGAACUUCAGACAAAAUAUGAAAAUAUGGCAAAAAAAAAUAAUAAUGAACUUGCACAAACUCUUCACGCCGAAACUGUUGAACCUUAUUUUGAGUUAACUAUCGAAGGAUUACAUCCUGAUGUUAUGCAAUCUCGUGAAUAUAUGGCUCGUUUUCGUAGUCAUGGUUGGGAACCGAAAGAAUUAAAAUUGUACUGGAAUGCACAACAACUCGAAGAUCUUUGUCCUAAACACGAAAUAAAUAGUAAACAAACAGAAGAAAAUGAUAAAACAAAACCCGAAGUAGACAGCAGUCCAAACGAUGAAUCAAACGAUAAAAAAUCAAAUGAAGUUGAAAGUAAGCAAAUAAUUGUAGAAGGAGAAGAGAAUAAACAACCAAUAGUAGAAAAUGAAACGAAUGAUGAAAAAUCAAAUGAAACAAUAAACAAUCAGUGUAAAGCUGGACAUGAAAUACAAGAUGGAGAAAUUGAAAAAUUAGUGGAAAAAAUGGACAUCACAGGUGAACAUUCAAAUCAUAUGAGUGACAAUCAAUGUGACGCAAUAUCUACAACAGAAAUUGAAAUCAAGAAUGAACAGAUAAAUGAUAAUGAUCUACUUCGACAUGAUCCAUCUGAUGCGGAUGCCAUACAAGCAUUGUAUGAAUAUCCUGUAUCAAAACGAAAUCAUGCUGGCAAAAUAACCUAUGUGAAUAAAGGCAUUGAAAAAGCAGUUUUUGAUGCACCUAAAGAUGCUCAAUUGAUUGUUCUCAACUUUGCUAAUGAACGAUCUCCUGGAGGUGGAUAUUUAAGACAUGCAUGGGCACAAGAGGAAAUUAUUCUUUUCAAUUCUGAUGGCUAUCGAUCUUUGCUUGAUCUAAAAUAUGGACGUAUGGGUGGUGGAUAUGCAAUACCUGAAUUUGGAGUAGCAUAUGUACGUGAUAUACGAUUUUUUGAUAAAAAAACUGGUGAACAUCGUAAAGCUGAUAUGUUAGUUUCUGCAUGUUAUUGUUUAUCUGGUUCACCUCAACUUUAUGAUAAUCCAACAACGAUAGAAGAGUGGAUAACAAAAAAUGUUGCUAAAUUUCGUGCAUUUAUAGCUGCAGCUGUUGCUAAUACUAUAGGUGAUGGAUCGAAUACUUAUCUUCUACUUGGACCAAUUGGUACAGGUGCAUUUGGAAAUGAUGUCACUCAUAUUGGUUAUGUCUUUCGUGAUGUACUCAGAUCAGAGAUGAUGGGUUCACAUGGUCCUAUACGUAAUGCUUUUGAAAAUAUUUGGUUUGUAUCAACUGAUAAAUGGAAAAAUGAACUCUUUGAAAAGAUCUUAAAUGAAGAGACUAUGGUUGAAACUGAAUAG